CCGAUGCUGGCACGGCUCGGACAGAGAGGUGUUAGAUGUUUUGCUAAAGGCGGUCAGGGUGGCAACAAGAAAAAGCCAACAAUAACCGAAAAGCUUAAAUCCGGCAACGCGGCGCCGUCUCUAGAUGUCUUCCAAGCACCUAAGCCACGCGAUGACCCCGGGGAACCUUCAACGUCGGGUUCGGGCCCAGCAAGCGCAAGCAUUGCCGCUGCGCUCGAACCAAACUUGUUGCAAGUGGCCUGGCGUAGACUGUUGCGAGAGCUGUCUUCUCUACCACGCGCAAUUGCAGUCAUGGGUCUUAUAGCUGGACUUUCAGGGCUCGGGACCUUCAUUCCACAAAACCAGUCUCUAGACUUCUACCUCACAAACUAUCCUGAUGGGCCAGAAAAGGUGUUGGGCUUCCUGACGUACGACCUCAUCCUGGCGUUUCAGCUCGACCACAUCUACACCGCGGACUACUUUUAUCUGGCCAUCGGUCUGCUAGCCGCGUCCCUGUCCGCGUGCACCUACACCCGCCAGUGGCCCGCAGUCAAGGUGGCCCAGCGGUGGCGUUUCCUCACACAGCCCUCCUCGCUGUUAAAGCAGGGCCGGACGGAGGUGCUGCCCAAUGCCCGCGUCCAGGACCUCGGUGCCAUCCUGAUGCAGAGGGGCUAUCAGGUCUUCCUCAGGGACGGCUCGCUGUACGGCUUCAAGGGGCUGGCGGGCAAGGUGGGCCCUAUUGGAGUGCACGCAGCCCUGCUGCUAUGUUUGUUCGGAACCGCGUGGAGCGGCUUCGGGACCCUGAAGGGCACCGUCAUGUGCCCCGAGGGUCAGGACUUCCUGGUGUCCAGCUUCCUGGUGCCUUCCUCGCCCAUCGCCUCCAUGCCAGACGCUGCUUCCAGCGUCAUCCACGUGAAUCGCUUCCUCAUCGACUACCGCCCGGAUGGCUCCGUGGCGCAGUUCUACAGCGACCUAUCCCUGCUGGACCCGCAGGAAGGUGGCCGGGAGCUCCUGCGGAAGACCAUCAGCGUGAAUGAUCCCUUCCGUUUCAAGGGCGUCACAAUGUAUCAAACGGACUGGUCGCUAUCAGCCGUGACGUUGCGAGUACAGGGACAGGACGCGCCGCUGGCCCGCGCGGCGGAGGCCGCACAAGCAGCUGCAGCCCAGGAGGAAGCCACCACGUCCGGAAACACCACACCCGCCGCCACCAGCGCCACCAGCGGCAGCACCGGCAGCGGCGAUGACACCGUCGCGGUGGGGGCUGCUGAGCGGACCGCGUUCAAUCUGCCGAUGGCCUCCCUGGAGGGGAAGCCGGGUGUGGCGGGCCGGCUGUGGGCCACGUUCCUACCGCUUGGGGAGCCGGGGCAGGAUGGGUCGGCGCCCCGGGGCAUAUCAAUCCUGGCCCGGGACCCUCAGUCGGUCGUCUUCUACGACGCGUCGGGGCAGUUUGUGGGCGUGCGACGGCCCGGCAGCGGCAAGCCAAUCACCGUGGAAGGGCUUCAGCUGGUGGUCGAGGAUGUGGUGGGAGCGACGGGGCUGGAGCUCAAGAGCGACCCGGGUGUGCCGGCUGUGUACGCGGGCUUUGGCGGACUUAUGGUCACCACUCUGGUCAGUUAUCUGAGUCAUAGCCAGGUGUGGGCGCUGCAACAGGGCUCAAACCUCUUUGUGACGGGCCGCACGAACAGAGCCAAGCUGGCGUUUGACAGGGAGAUGGACGAAGUACUAAACGCGGUGCCGGAGCUGACGCUGCCGCUUCCUCCAGCGGCAGCA